AGGAUGUAUGGGUCAUUUUGACCAGUCAUUCCCUCGCUCUGGCAUCCCACAAUCUUUCCGCCUCCCUCCAAAAGAGAUAAUAAUAUUUAGAGGCACUCGCUGGGGCUGAAUGAGAAUUAGCCCUAGGCGCAGCCCAUCAUUAGGACGGGACAGCCGGGCCACUGUGACAUUUUUUAGAAAGCUGAGAUGAUGGAAAGAAUAAGAAAAGAGAUGAUUCUGAUGGAAAGAGGGCUGCACAGUCCAACGGCCGGCAAGAGGUUCUCCAAUUUGUCCGACUCAGCUGGCAAUGCCGUGCUGGAAGCCCUGGAAAAUUCGCAGCACCCGGCUCGCCUCAGCCCGCGCCUGCCGUCCGCCCCCCUGCACGGCGCUCUGGGAGACCUCCCUGCCAAGGGCAAAUUCGAAAUAGACACUUUGUUCAACCUGCAGCAUCCGGGCAGCGAAAGCACCGUCUCCUCCGAAAUCGCCUCUGCCACCGAGGGCCGCAAAAAGCCGGGUCAUUAUUCAGAGGCGGCCGCUGAGGCGGACAUGAGCGACGUGGAAGUGGGCUGCUCGGCGCUGCGUUCUCCGGGCGGCCUUGGCUCCGCGCCGCUCAAGGAAAACAAUGGCAAAGGGUACGCCGAGAGCAGCUCCACCGCGGGCACCACGACGUCGGCGUCAGGCUCGGGCCUUGGCAGCCUGCAUGGAGGCGGUGGCGGCGGCGGCGGUGGCGGCGGGGGCGCGGCGCUGGGCGGCUCAGGCUCUGGGGCGGAUCAGGUGCGGCGCUACCGCACAGCAUUCACCCGCGAGCAGAUCGCGCGCCUGGAGAAGGAGUUCUACCGGGAGAACUAUGUGUCGCGGCCCCGCCGGUGCGAGCUGGCUGCUGCCCUCAACUUGCCCGAAACCACCAUCAAGGUGUGGUUCCAGAACCGGCGCAUGAAGGACAAGCGGCAGCGCCUGGCCAUGUCGUGGCCGCACCCGGCCGACCCCAGCUUCUACACCUACAUGAUGACGCACGCGGCCGCCACCGGAAGCCUGCCCUACCCCUUCCACUCGCACGUGCCACUGCACUACUACCCGCACGUGGGCGUCACGGCUGCGGCCGCGGCGGCCGCGCUAGAUGACAGCGGAUCCGGACUCUUCAGGGCCGGCUCCUUCCGGACGCGCCCAAGUCCACGCUCUACCCCGCUCUUUCUCGCCGUCUGGGACUACCAGGACCAACUUCUGGGUUUUCUUUCUCUUAGCCGUUCUCGGCACAACAGGCUUUAA